AUGGAGACUAUGCUGAACAAUGCCCUAGUAGCCUCCUGGAAGCUCUGGCAGCAUUCUGGCCUCUCUGGAGGGGAGGAAACCAAGGAGCUCUCCACAGACACCAGAGCCAGCACCUUAACCAGUGCUGUAUCGUCACUGUCCAGUACUGGAAUCUCCCUCAGCCUCAUGGAACAGAAGGAGGACCCGAACAGCCUCCAGGAUGAGGGAGCCAAGGUGAUUGACAUGCAGAUGCCCACCAUCUCUCCCGGUGCCCAGUCAGUGGGCAGUGCCAACAGCAGCAGUGYGGUCACAGAACUCUUCUCCAACUCAUCUGUUCUAUCCGGUACAAAUAACGUGCCAAACCUCACCAGCGACCUAUUCAACGUCCAGCCCGCCUACAACCCAACCAUCCAGACAACACACACUAUACCGUCUAACAGCAACGCCUGGGGAG